AUGAAGAGCAGCACCUUUGUUUAUGAACGUAAUCUGAAUUGCACUGGUAUUUUGAUGAAUGAGGACUUGGAACAUGGGUACAUCGUUACGGUUGUUUUACUGACGGAGUUCCAAACUUUUGAGGACAAGUCCAGUGCCAUUAAUCAGAACACUGGUGUCAGUGAAAGACUUGCUGAGAUGAUCAGGGUGUGGCUCCCUGGGAAGAAAAUGGCAGUCGGAAAGCCUGAAUAUAAGAAAAUCACUGAAGAGAGAUUGGAAAUAGAAUGCCUGUAUAAUGAACGGGUGAUGGAGGUAAUGUGGGGCAUACAGAAUUGCAUGCCAGGUUUGAUACCUAUAGAAAAAUCACAGCUGGCUAAAGAGGACCGCCUCCCGAGUAAGGGAUUGCAAGAAUUCUUGAAGUGUUAUGGCUGCAAUGUCAAACCAGAGAUGGUCAAUGAACAAAUUGUUGCGACGGCUUCCACAUUGUCUGCGUGUGAUUAUGUUGAGAAGAAAUAUUCUCUAGUCUUGCGCGAAGCAGGUGCUGUCAUUAAGGAUGUGUCUGGCAUCAGCUGUGAGGGUUGGAGCUUACUGGACAUUGCAACAGCUCUGAAGAUUAUAUGGAAGCCUAAAAAAGUUGGCAAUUCUUCUCUGGUUUCAAAAGAUGAGGCACUAAGAUUGGUGAACGAUGCAUCUAAAUAUGAAGCUCUGGUGAAUAAGUAUCCUUGUUUUCGAGCCUACAAAGACAUGUCGAAAGCUCAUGAUGAUAGGAUCUCGAAAGAACUACUGAAAUCAUUGGUUGAGGGCCUGAAGAAACCAUAAGGCUCACAGCUAGCUGAAACUGCUUGUUCUUAGUCUGAAGGGAGUUUUUGGCAUGUUGGUUCACCGGGUAUUAUUGAACAUAAGCUGAUCUUGGUUGACUUUAUUGCAGUCUCAGUCUGAGAUGGUC